CUCCUCCUUCCCCCACGACAUUUCUCGACAGCAGACCAGACCAGACACAACGGUCACACCCCCCCUUCGCCUCUUCCUUCUUAUUUACCAAUUCCUUCUUCACGCUCCUUAUCAACCACUGAACCAACCAAUUUUUAAACCGAAUCAACAAUGAGCGGAACUCUCGUCGGCUUCGCCAUGCUCGUGGCUGCCUCUGUGAUCUUCACAUACUACUCCAUCUGGACCCUGCUCAUGCCAUUUGUCGACGAAGGUCACCCUCUCCAAAACUUCUUCCCUCCUCGCGUCUGGGCUAUCCGCAUCCCCGUCAUCCUUAUUCUCCUCGGCUCCGCCGUCGUCGGCUCCUUUCUCGGCACCGUCAUGAUCCGGAGCAACAGGAAGAAGGCCGCCAAGGCCAAGGCCGCCGCGAAGAAGAAGGCGUAAAGCAAGAGCACACACACACACACGCACACACAGCAAGGAGAAGAGGAGAAUCCUUGUCACAUAAUGAAAUGGCUGCUCGUUGUCGAAACUGCUGCCUACUUUUGUCACAGUUAGAAGACUGUUAUGACGGGACAUCAAUAACGAUUGCCCACGAGGCACCACGGGUCACAGCUGCGCGCACAAGAGCAUCAAGAUGGGUAUCUAAGUUGGUUUGAUUGGAGAAGGAGCGCGCGGCUCAUCUCGCGAAAAGGUCCAUCUACUCUGAUAAUGCUCAAGGACUUAUACCCUAAGCCAGGAAGAUUCCCCCACCCAAAAAGAAGCAUACCAAAUAAAGGAGUGAGUGGCUCGACCGGCCAAGUACAUGUACUGCCCCAUGAUCCCAGGCCUCAGCCCGCAUCCUGUCUCUCGUCGGGACAUCCGUAGACAAAAAAAUCAUGGCACGCAAAUGACCCCUGGUCUAAUCUAGCUCCAAACGCCUCAUGGACCGUUUCUCUCU